AUGGAGAAGCUGGGCUCAAAUGCCUCGAGGGAACCGGGUCUCUGCCAGUACUCAGAGGACUACAAGCAAGUCUACCUUCCCGUGACCUACAGCGCCAUCUUCCUCCUUGGGCUGCCCCUGAAUGGCACUGUCCUGUGGCUCUGCUGGCACCAAACCAAGCCCUGGAGCUGUGCCACCACCUACCUGGUGAACCUGAUGGUGGCCGACUUGCUCUACGUGCUGACGCUGCCCUUCCUGGUGGCCACCUACUGCCUGGACGACGCCUGGCCCUUCGGGGAGCUGCUCUGCCGGCUUGUGCGCUUCCUCUUCUACUGCAACAUCUACAGCAGCAUCCUGCUGCUCACCUGCAUCUCUGUGCACCGCUUCCUGGGUGUGUGCCACCCGCUGCGAUCGCUGCCCUACCGCACCCCCCGGCACGCCCGGCUGGGCGCUGCAGCCUCGUGGGCCCUGGUGGUCCUCCAGCUGCUGCCCACACUGGCCUUCUCCCACACAGACCACAUCAACGGCCAGACCAUCUGCUAUGACACGACUAACCCCGAGAAGUUCGAUGAGUACUUCUCCUACAGCAUGGCACUGAUGCUGUCCGGCUUCGUCUCCCUCAGGGGUCAUCCUGGUGUGCUACUCUCUGAUGCUCAGGAGCCUGGCCAUGCCAGAGGAGACCCUCGAGAGGACAGGCGGCACAGCCCGGGCCAAGUCCAUGCGGACCAUCCUGCUAGUGUGCGGCCUCUUCACCCUCUGCUUCGUGCCCUUCCACGUUGCCCGCUCCUUCUACCUGGCCAUCCGCUUCCUGCGCUUGCAGAACUGCCAGCUCUUGAUAGCGGCCAGCCUGGCCUCCAAGAUCUGGAGGCCACUGGUGAGCAUGAGCAGCUGUCUCAACCCCGUCCUGUACUUCCUGUGGGGAGCAACAGAGUCAAGUUCCUGCAGAGACUGAGACAGAACCAGGGGGGAGACCAUGCAGCCGGGGCCACCAGAGGGGUGCCCCAGGUAGGGCAGAUCUGGGUACUGCCCCGGUGA